GGCAAGUCCAUCAGGCCUUUCUAGUCACCACCUUUAUGGAGGAGCAUUAUGAGGUCCUAGUGUUGAAACGGAGCAAUAUGUAGACUGUUGCAGAUUUUGAAAUAUAGCCCACUGAAGGGAGGUAGGAGAUCCUUCUGGAAUGUUAAGUAUCUUUGUGUGAUGCAGUAAUGCUGUGGAGUAAAGUGAUUAGGUGAGAAAUGUAUGUAUUUCCUCCUCCCCCCUUAUGUUGUUGUACUUGACCUUUUUUCAAGCAAUAGGCCUAUAAUGUCCUUUCCUCUUUCUACUGCCCAUAAUGCCCUCAGUAAGUUAAAGCAAUGGGUAUCCUACACAGGUUGAAGUUUUUUUUCCAGUGGUAUGAUUGCAUUAGGUGGAAUAAUGCAAUGACGCACUGAUAUAACAAAAUAAUCUUUUCUUACCAGGACUCAAAUCUCAUGCGGUCGUGUGAAGUGGUAGAAAUUUGAGUCAUGGUCAAGGGGGGUUGUUAUUCGUUUAUGAGUGGGUUUGAUAUAAUCACUGGCAUAUUAUUGCAGGUUCAUAUGUGGGUCAUGUGGUCUACUGCAUCAAACCGUUGAAGAAGUAAAUGCCUGUGAUGGCAACUCCUCUGUAGCAGAACAAAAUACUGAAAUGAUAAAAAAUGCAGGGCGCGGACGCCCCAUCUGGCAAAAGCACCAAGUUGAGGCACUCCUCCUGCUGAUGAAGGAAAACUUCCCAAGAUUGAUCGGAAAUUCCUUAAGCAAAACCAAAGUCUAUUCAGAAAUAACUGCUACGUUACAAGAAGUUUUCCAAGGCGUUACAAGAAAACAAGUUGAAAAGAAAUGGAGAUCUAUGAAAUAUGGAUACAGAACCUAUCAAAGAACCAAGCUGAGAGGGGCAAGGGCCCUAUUACCAAAGCACUUUAAUCUGCUUCGCUCAAUCUUAGGUGACACACUACCAGCAAGUAUGCAGCCACAAGACAAAAGUUCUGGGGGUCCUACUACCAAUCCUUCAGGAAAUCACCAGGUUCCCUUGACAUCAGAGAAAGAAGCAGUACAGCAGCUACAAACACCGCAAGAACCAAAAGAAGCACAAACUAAUGAAGUUUCAUGUGCUGCUGCCGAAGAGGGGCAGCUCUCCAGAACGAGAACUAUUGACACACAAACGGAGCUAUUGCGUGAUUCAUUGACAGAGUCUGUAAACAUUUUGGUGGACAAGCUUGAUCAUUUAUGGAGAAAACUGCCAAGCAAAAUGAGGAAAUUUUGAUGUUACUCAAAUCUAGAGAGGAAAGAGAAGCAAGGAAUGAUGCUCUGCGCGAAGAGUAUAGGAAACAAAAACUUGAAAUUUUAAAAGCAAGACAUGAAAGGGGAACAGAUAUUUAACCAAUGUACAAAGCAGGUGUUGUUUACAUAUUGUGAUAUAGCUUUGUGGUAUAGUAAUAAACCAUCCCAGAUGGGCUGAAAGUAACUCGCAACAGAAAGACUGGUGGUGGUGAGAAGACCAAUCACACAGGCCAUGUCUAACACUGAUAGAGGGAAGUUCCUCCUUACUCGUGUCUGUUGUUAACUAUGUCUUUUAUUUUAUUCACAUAUA